AAUCCGCGCGCGCAGUCAGUCGUUUCUCAUUUGUUUUGUAAACAGAAACACAUUUGCUGUUAUACAAUGGCGCGGCAAAUUAGCCGUAUAGGCCAUAAGGAUGACACAUACGUGGUUUCGGAGGGUUUAUCUUUGGCUGACAGCAGCAGUAAAGUGGAAGAUGAUGGAGAAGGAGACAGCGACGCGCCUGCCAUCUUUCUGUGCGGGAAAUGCAGACUGCCUUUCGGAGACUCGCUCUCAUGGGCCGGGAGCGACGACGAGCAGAACCAGAUCCUGCUCAAGCGUGUUAAUGACAACAUAGUGAUUGGCAAAGAACCUUUUGUCCUUGGCACAAGUGAAGAACUAAGAUGCCUCGCUGUAAAUCUCACCUGUCGUGGUUGCAGCUUCAAUCUUGGACAUUUGUACAUGUCCACUCCAAAGUCACUGGACUACAAAAGGUCCAUUUUCUGCCUCAUGGUUGAAAAUAUUGAGAGUUAUGUUUUAGGCUCCCCUAACCAGCAGGUGGCAGCAGUGGACAGAGAAGAAAUGCCUGUGACAUUAGAGUACAUGGACAACGUGGAGAGGCAGAUGACCAAGAUAAAAUCUCUCGCAGUGACAAUAGGACAGAGACUCUUGGAGAUCGAGGUUGACCUCCAGUGCAAGUCUGGGACGAAUUAACGAGAGCUGCACUGAGCCUAGAGUUGUUCUUCGUGUGUUUGUCUUCUGUUCCUGCCACAAAGCUUUGUUUCAGUAUACCAUGUUGUUGUUUGCUACAAAUCUGGUCGCAUGAUAUCACUGUCAAACCAGUAACAUGCACCAAAAUGUUAUUAAUUUGUUGUUUGCUGUUGUUUUCCUUUUGCUUUUUCUCUUGCUGUUUAUUAAGUAAAAGUAAUUGUUCCUGAA